CGGCAGCUCAUCUCUGCCUCCUGUGUCCUUCCAUGACAGAGAAUCUGCACUCCAGGAAAAUGGUACAGCCAAAGAAGUUUCGUGGAGUCAGGCAGCGCCACUGGGGCUCCUGGGUCUCCGAGAUCAGGCACCCCCUCCUUAAGAGGAGGGUAUGGCUGGGCACCUUUGAGACGGCUGAGGAGGCUGCAAGGGCAUAUGACGAGGCUGCCGUGCUGAUGAGCGGCCGCAACGCCAAGACCAACUUCCCUGUCCAAAGGAGCACCACCGGUGAGCCUGCCCCAACUGCAGGCCGGGAUGUUCACAGCAAUGUCGGCGGCAGAUCCUCUACCGCCAACCUGUCCCAGAUUCUGAGUGCCAAGCUCCGCAAGUGCUGCAAGGCGCCAUCGCCAUCCCUGACCUGCCUUCGCCUAGACCCAGAGAAGUCCCACAUUGGCGUCUGGCAGAAGCGCGCAGGGCCCCAUGCUGACUCCAAUUGGGUCAUGACCGUGGAGCUCAACAAAGAGGUAGCAUCCACUACUGAUGCUGCAGCACAAUCCACAUCAGCAGCAACUGCUUCACCAGCAACAACAAUGGAUGACGAGGAGAGGAUCGCGCUGCAAAUGAUCGAGGAGUUGCUGAGCAGGAGCAGUCCAGCUUCACCAUCACAUGGAGACGACGAAGGUCAGUUUGUCAUCUGAAAAGCAUGGAUGAAACAGCAGAACCAAGUCACCAUCCCAGAUCAGAAUUUCGCUGGGCCGGUUGGUAUACAAGUAAUUCAGGUUGCUUCAGUAAUAUAGUUAUAUAGAUAAGUGUUGUGUAUUACUAUAUCCAACUUCCAAGAAUUAUAAGUUGUGUGCAGCUUAUGUACUUGUGAAAAGCUAUACAUACACAGUUCCUGUCAAGAUA